AUGCGGUCGGGGAAUUGGCUGCGUCCGCGUCUCCGACGGACUCUGAGGGCGCCACAGCGGCCGCGCACAUGUACAGUCGUCUCGAAGGCAGCACACGGCAAUGGGAUAGCCACACGUUGCGGCGGACCCGACGGCGGGUUGAGCUGCUGGAAGUGCCACCGCACGACCGACAGCUGCGCGUUCUUUUGCCCCACGUGCGACGCGAUUCAGCCGCUGAGCAAGAGCUGCGACUACUUUGACAUGUUCAAAAUCCCCAGGCACUUCACACUGGAGCCGCGCAGGAUCGAAAAGACGUACUGGAGUCUGCUGAAGCGCUUGCAUCCGGACCUAUACGGCUCCAAAACAGAGUUUGAGAAGGAGCUGUCAGCAGCCAAUGCUGCAGUCGUCAAUGACGCGUACAAGAUACUCAAGACACCCAACACACGCGUGAAGUACCUGCUAUCGCUAGACGGGAUCGAUGCUCUUGGCGAGACUGCGAGUACAGCAGUAGACACGGAGCUGCUGAUGCAGAUGAUGGAGAUUCGAGAACGAAUCGCGAUGGCGACAACUAUCGACGCGCUGCACGCUAUCCGCGAGGAAAUCUCGAACCAAGUUGACGCCGUGAUCAAAAAGCUGGGCGAAGUGUACGACAAGGACCAGGACCUUGAGGCUGCGAAACGAUACGCCGUUGAGCUCCAAUACAUGGUCAAGUGCGUCGAAGAAAUCGACCUGAGGGAAGAGAAGCUGGACGGGUAG